AUGGAUCGAUUCACCCAAUUUCCCGCCGUGAAUGAGGAUGGUGAUGAUGUUCACAUCAUUCCCUGGCAGGUGGAUGCCCAACUGCCCUCACAGGUCAUUGCCUUGUCAUGGGCAAUCUUACUGCGCGCUUUUACGACUGAGGAAAACCCGGUAUUUCUAUUGAGCGGGGCGCCAGUAAAGGCAGAUAUAGCUGCCCGAACGGUCCAGCCAGCGGAACUGGCGGCUGUAUCCGAUCUCUCGGUCAAACAUACAGCUGUGGUGUUGGGAGAUGCGCUGUUCAGCGACGACAGACAUCCCCCAGCGUUACGGUGGGCCCUGGACCCCGCCACUCGAUCAGGAGCUUUGCGUGCUACUGGAGGCAUGAAUGCCGCUUUCCUGCUCCAGAUAGGCAACCAGCUAAAGCAGAUUGUGCAAGACCAGGCGGCUCAGGAAGGCAUCCAGGUAUCAUUGUCUGCCACGGAAAUUCCCGACUUAGCCAUCUCGAACGCCUCUCCCUCUACAUUGCCAGGGCCUCAGCUCUUACACAAUUUGGCACUCCGCGGCCUGGACUAUAUACACCACGCGAUCGAAUUUCUCGGCUCGGAUGGGACCAUUCAUUGCUUGUCGUAUCACGACUUGGACCGACUUUCCUCAAAGCUUGCGAGCUCAAUAGCUCGUGCUUCGAUUACCCCAGAUGGCGUGCAGAGGGUUGUGCCGGUACUUCUACCCCAGUCUCUGGAAUUGUACAUCGCAUGGCUGGCCAUUCUCAAGGCCGGUGCAGCCUUUUGUCCAUUGAAUACCGAUGCACCAACAGACCGCAUCGAGUUUAUCCUGCAAGAUGUGGCUGCGUCCGUGGUUGUCACAAGCGACGCUCUUGCAGCUAGGAUAUCACCGACAGAGGAUAUUACUAUUCUUCGGGUGGACGAUAUCCAAACCAGCACCGAUAUUACAGAACCAUGUUCAACCCACUGCACUUCUACCGAUUUAGCAUAUGUCAUGUACACAUCUGGCUCUACGGGCCGCCCCAAAGGUGUCGGGGUGUCCCAUCUUGCUGCCACCCAAUCCCUUCUUGCGCACGACGAUUUGAUACCCCCCUUCAAGCGAUUUUUGCAAUUCGCAUCUCCCACUUUUGAUGUUUCUGUGUUCGAGGUGUUUUUCCCGCUGAUGCGAGGGGCAACCCUCAUCGGCGCAGAGAGAGAGCACAUGCUUCUUGAUAUUUCUCAUGUGAUGAUCACAAUGGGGGUCGAUGCUGCUGAGUUGACCCCAACGGUGGCGGGAGAGCUGUUGCGCACACGAGCUGCAGCUCCAUCUUUGCAGGUGCUCCUCACAAUCGGUGAAAUGCUCACCAGGCAUGUAGUGGAUGAGUUCGGCCAAUCUGAGAGCCGAGAUGGCAUUCUUCAUGGAAUGUACGGGCCUACAGAAGCAGCGAUCCAUUGCACCGCUGCAACCAAAUUUCAGGCCAAGGAUCGGGUCAAUAUGAUUGGGAAGCCUUUCAAAACAGUUUCUGCAUACAUUAUGUCACUCCCAACCGGACACGACUCACCUUCCGAGGAGCUUCAUGUUCUGUCACUCGGCCAGAUUGGAGAGCUUGUGGUUGGUGGUCCUCAGUUAGCGGACGGAUACAUCAACCGGCCCGAAGAAAAUGCCAAAGCCUUUAUAGACAGCCCGUUGUAUGGCCGACUAUACCGGACGGGAGACAAAGCCCGCAUGCUUCCGACCGGGGAGAUUGAGUGUUUCGGUCGAAUUGCCAGCGGCCAGGUGAAAUUGCGAGGUCAGCGCAUAGAACUUGGCGAGAUUGAGCAUGUUAUCACAAGAGCUUCUGGGGUCCGCAGUGCUGUAACCAUAGUCAUCGAUGGAAACUUAGUUGCAUUUGUACUGGCCACAGACAGCGGAGCUACAGAUAGCAGUCUCCGUGACGUUUGUCGUCAGCUCUUGCCCCGAUUCAUGAUCCCUGGAGAAUUUGUGCUCGUCGAUCAAUUUCCCCAGCUUCCCUCGGGCAAGAUCGACCGGAAAACAUUGGAAGCCGAUUUCGUUCGUCGCCGAAGCACUGCUCUUCCUUUGGACGAUCAACCUGGCCGAGACGAGAAAGAGGACUACAUUGCCUCAUGCGUGGCUGCCGUGCUGGGCCGACGGCUCUCGCCGACAGAGAGUCUGACAGCAGCAGGCCUUGAUUCGUUAGCAGCGAUCCGCCUUGCAUCCCAUCUCUUGGACGCAGGGAUCCGUCUCGGCGUUGCGGCCCUGCUGGAGGCUGACUCGGUGGAUGCGAUCUGGCAGCUUGCCAGCCUUGAAGCAGCGAGACCAACUGAUUAUUCCCAAUCUGCCCUACAAUCCAUUCUUCAGCUUGUUUCGGACGCAGGUGCAGCACGUGUGGACUCACUGGAGUUGAGUGAGCAGGUCUCGGGAAUUGUCCCAUCUAGCCAUAUCCAGCAAGCCAUGCUGUUGGAGACCAUUCGAGACAAUAAGGCAUAUUGCAAUUGGAUCGAGCUGGAUUUCGAGCCCUCGGUCAGUCUGGACUUGGUGCAAUCUGCAUUUAGACAACUGGCGAAUUUCAACGAGAUCUUGCGGUCCGGAUUUGUGGAGAUUGGACUCAAAGAUCACUCGUACUGUUGCUUCACUUGGAAUACAAUUGAUGAGCAUAUCUGUGUGCGUCAGAAAUUCGACUACGAUGUAGGCUUGAGUGCCGGCCAUGAUGUUUUGAACCCAUUCCGGGUUCAGAUUGUGCAAGAGGAGGGCCAUACUCGUGUGCUCGUUCAUAUACACCAUGCGAUCUAUGAUGGAUGGUCCUGGCAGCUCAUGAUGAAGGAUCUCCGAAGUAUUUUGUCCAUGGAGGAACCCACUUCCAAAGCUCCUUACAAUAUUGUCAUCAAUUCUUUCAUCCAAAAUAAAUUGGACAAAUCGGCAACAGAGUCCUCAUCCUACUGGCGCGAGCAACUACAGGGACUGAAUCCUGCAGUUUUCCCAACUUUCCAUGGAGAUUCUAAAAUCAUGCCUGGAACUGAGAAGGCUACCCGCAUGUUGAAGAUGUCUGUAUCCAAACUCAAUGAAGUCUCCCAGCGCCUUCGUGUGAGCCGGCAAACCAUCUUCCAAGCUGCCUUUUGCUACAUCCUCUCCUCCUAUCUGGGAACAGGCGAUGUUACCUUUGGAACUGUGUUUUCAGGUCGGACUCUGCCCCUCAGAGGCAUCGAAACUGUUCUCGGACCUUGUAUCACAACUUUGCCUACCCGCAUGGACCUUGACAAGAUGCAGGAUGUGACGGAUCUGCUCUUGGCCAUUCAGAACAUGAACCGGAGAUCGCUCGAGCAUGGUAGUAUUUCUCUCCACCAGAUCAAAAGGGCUUCUGGCAUUGAUUUGGAUUGCAGUCUUUUCGACACGGCCAUCGUGUGGCAGGAGAGCAUUUGGUCGGAUGAACACCAGGGCUCGGUGUUCCGGGAAGUUGCAGCGGGGGAAUUCUUGGAAUUCGCGCUGUUGCUGGAGUUUGAGCCAAGUGAGAAAGGCAUUUUUGCCAGGGCGACUUAUCAGAAAUCGAUUCUGCCGUAUGAGCAGGCUAUGAUCCUUCUCGAGCAGAUUGAUACCGUGGCUUCCAUAUUGAUUGACAAGGUCAAGCUCCCCAUUGAGCAGAUCAGAUCUUAUCUUCCGUUGUCGACAUUAUCUAUUCACAAUGCAGCAGCUAAAAUUGACUUACAAAGCUUAGCAUUUGGCGUUGAGAAGAUCGCUUCGACAGACCCGAGCCGGGUAGCGGUCGAGUUGAUGCUCUGGCAGCCAGAAACCACUGCUUCGAUCAUUGAAAGCAUGACAUAUAGCCAACUGAACUCCCGAGCCAAUGGUCUCGCACACCUGCUGCUUCAUACAGGAGUGACGAAAAGUGAUCUUGUUGCCUGCCGACUGCCAAUGUCUCUUGAUCUUUACGUUGCUAUCCUUGGCAUUGCCAAAGCCGGUGCUGGUCUUCUUCUACUGCCUAGGGCUUCACCUGAUAGGAUUCAUUCUAUUCUCUCUGCCGCAAAAUCAAAGUUUUGCAUUGUUGAUCCCAUUCUCGCGAAGACAGAUGGCUGGGAUUCUCUGAAGUCUGUCCACCAGAUCCACCUCUCUGACUCGCUGGAUGUCUAUCAUGAGUUUAACAUUCUCUAUUCCAAUGAAGGGGCCGACGUUGCCUAUGCUGAAGUGACGAUUCUUGACGAUACCUCGACGGAAUACGUUGCCAUUUCACGCCAGAGUCUACAGAGCAACGUCGGUGCUCUUUUGGGCGUGUACCCAACGCCAUCUGGAUCGAAGCUCCUUGUAUGCCCCCCGGGGUCAAGUGCAUCUAUUUGUGAUACGUUCUUUGCUUGGCACACAGGCUUGACAUUGUGCUCAGCUUCGGGUGUCAUCUUGAGAACUCGAAUUGAGCAAGUUUGUCAAGAUAUGGACAUAACACACCUUCACUUGCCCCCAAGGCUAGCCUCCCGUAUAGAUCCGCAGGCCACACCCCGUGUGCAGCAUCUCCUCUCUUCGGGCGAAGAAAUGAAUCCCAAGCUUCAUCGCAAAUGGGCUGGCAGAGGUCUACACCAGGCAUACAGCGAUCGUGCUUUGGCUCACGCAUGUACUACCUGUUGCAACAUGAAAGAGUCAACCCGUAUACAGAACAUCGGUAGACCGCUGAAAGGCACAUCUGCCAUGAUCAUGGAAUAUGGAGAAUCACUCGGUCUUCUUCCACGGGGUGCCAUUGGAGAGUUGUGCUUUGGUGGAGACCAAGUUGGUCGUUGUCUUUCCAACUCAGAUCUGCUGGUGACUGGGCGGUUUUUUAAUCACCCUGACCACGGUCGAAUCUACAAAACAGGCGAUUCUGGCAGACUGCUUCCUGAUGGAACGCUCAUUCUUUCCCGGGGCUCUACACGGUCCCACGCUUGUUCCAUUGACCUUGAUGAGAUUGAUCGUCUUCUCGCAUCUCUGGAGAUGGUUCGAGAGUUUGUGAGCAUCAGUUUAGAUGAGGCAAAACUGGGUCAGCAGCGGUUGGCUGUGUUUUGGGUUCCCUCGGAAAAGCGAUCAGGUUCAGUUCAAGUCGAACAAGCCACGAACGAUCUGUUCAAAGAGCUCAUCAAGGAAGUACCUUCUUCUAGACUUCCAUAUCUUCUUGUUCUUGUGGACGAGAUUGAACUCACCAUGUCUUACAAGACCAACUACCCUAUUCUGAGACGAAAGAUUGAACAGCUGAGUGCGAGGGAGCUUGCGAUGUUUUCGCCGAGGCUCAACACCGAGAACACUGAUGUUACUUUCACCGACCUGGAGAAGACAAUUGCUGUUGCAUUGUCCACGGUGACUGGUACCGAGCACAGCAACAUCCGCAGACAUACAUCCUUCUACAGGCUAGGUCUGGACUCCCUUUCCGCCAUUUCUCUCUCACGGACCCUGCAGGAAUAUGGGUGUGGCAGACUUGCCGUGUCAACGAUCCUGCGGCAUAGCUCCAUAGCUCAGCUUGCAGCUGUUAUCUCUGCUACACCUCACGGGCACCAGACCGCACAGGCUGAGGCGUCGCCAACAAUGAUAUUCGGCGACAAUUUUGCUCGUCAAGCAGAAGAUGAUUCCAAAGCUGCAGGAUCAACCGUUCAAAGCAUUUACCCCUGCACUCCAUUGCAGGAGGCUAUGCUUGCAGCUGAGUCUGGUGGUCGUGCAGCCUAUUUCAACCAUCUCUUGCUCCUUGUGCGGGUUGAUCCUGAGCCUAUGAGAGCGGCAUGGGCAAACAUGAUGCAGAGACAUGAUAUUUUGAGAACAUGUUUCAAGCAGACAAACCACAAGAGAUUUGCAUAUGCUCAAGUCGUACUGGAAAUUUCAACCUUGCCGUGGUUCAACGUGGAGGUGUCCCGGUCAGAAUUUGAAAAUGUCGUCAAGGAGAUCAAGACCAAUUUUGAGGAGCGUUCUCCAGUAGACGGCCAUUUACCCUACUCAUUGACCCUGAUCAACGACCCGACUUCACAAGAGACACAUCUUCUACUGUCAAUCCACCAUGCGCUCUAUGACGGAGGCGCUAUUAGCCAGUUGUUGCACGAGCUCCAACUAUCGCUUGCGGGUGAAGAGUUACCAGAGAUCAUUCCAUUCCGCAACUUCAUCAGUUACAUGACCCCUGCCAAAGCUGACUCGUCAGACGAAUAUUGGGACCAGUACUUGUCUGGGGUUUCACCCACCCUUCUUCGCAUACCCACGUCCACGGCGAAUACAGAUGGGUCAGCAUCUCAGCAAAUCCAAACUUCACUGGACGUUUCUUUCAAGUCUUUCAAACAGCAAUGCAAAGACCUCUCCGUGACUCCUCUCAAUAUCUUUCAUGCCGCAUGGGCCAGACUCUUGUCCUUAUACACCAACUCCUCUGACAUCUGCUUUGGUAAUGUCUUCAGCUGCCGAACUAUCCCCCUGCACGGCGUAGAUCGAAUAGUCGGGCCUUGCUUCAACACACUCCCCAUUCGAAUCAAUUUGCCCUCCAGCGCAACUAACAAUGACCUCAUGAAAUUGUCUCAGAAGAGCAAUAGCGACAUAUUACCUCACCAGCUCAGUCCUCUACGGCGCAUCCAGCGACGUAUUCUCGGCGAUGGCUCUAGUCUCUUUGACACCCUGGUCAUUUUCCAGAACGGAAAGACAGACCUCGAUCGCGAGAUCUGGGAAAUUAUUCAUGACGAAGGAAAUAUGGGAUUCCCCUUGAUCUGCGAGAUCAUUCCCGACGAUGCUACCGACAGCAUUCAAAUUUGCCUUCACUUCCAAGUACUACAUCUGUCCCGCGCUGUUGCCGAAAAGAUUGCGCGGGACUUCGUGGCGCUGGUGAAACACAUUGUGCAGUAUCCCUCUGCUCAGGCGUCCGACAAGCGAGUAUUGGGACUAGAAAUACCCAAUGUCUUCGAUCAGAAAGUGUCGCAAAAGGCCGCACACAAAUCCCCGACCAAAUCUCGUCAAAAGCGGACAUGGUCUCGUCAAGAGCAGAUUGUCCGUGACAUUCUUUGUGAAUUUUCCGAUAUUGACUCGAACAAAAUGUCGCAUGAAAUGACAAUUUUCCAGCUUGGCUUGGAUAGUAUCAAUGCUGUCCAGGUAUCCGCAAAGUUGCGUGGUUUAGGAUACAAAAUCCCAUCCGGUGAUAUUCUUGAGGCUGCUUCCAUUGAUCGGAUAGCUGCUCUUCUCACAUCUAGCUCAGAAGCUCUGGAGGAAGUCGAGUAUAACUUUGCGCUUUUCGAGGAGCAACAUUUACAAUCAGUUUGCGAACAGACUCGGAUUUCACCUGAAAGAGUGCUGUCUUUACGCCCUUGUACGCCAGUUCAAAACGGUAUGCUGGCCACAUUCAUACGUUCCCAGGGCGCAGCGUACUUUAAUCGUAUGGCUUUACGCUUCUCAACACCGUUGGACAAGAACCGUCUGAAAGAAGCGUGGUCUAAGGUUAUGAGACAACAUGAAAUGCUCCGGACUGGUUUUGUCCACUUGCGCGAUCAACAGCAACCUUUUGCGAUGAUAACUUAUCAUGAAGAGAGCCAAAUACCAUGGUUCGAGACGCCACUCUCCGUGACAUGCACCCCAGAUGUCCAAGAAAAAGACAUCCUGGAAAAUCUCCACAGGCCCCCUUGGAGAAUUGAAGUCGAGGCAAGCGAGAAAAUCAGUGUCAUGCAUUUCUCUGCUCUUCACGCCAUCUAUGAUGCUCAAUCACUGGAAACCAUAUUCGCAGAUGUCAGGACAGUUUAUGAAGGGAAGCCCCUAGCUACACCCGCAAAGCUCACGGCCGCGCUUGGUCCCAUUCUCCUUGAGGGCCAAAGGCAGAGCGAGUCAGCUCAAUCUUUCUGGAAAGAACUGGCCCCAGAUGUCCAGCCUUCCAAAUUCCCGGACUUGCAUCCCAUGCGGACCACUGAGCGAUCUUUACUCAGCACAUACAUCUGCUCCUCGCAGCCACGCAAGGCUCUUGAAGAUGCUUGCAGAGAUAUUGGCGUGACCCUGCAAGCUGCGGGGCAAGUCGCAUGGGCUCGCUUACUCUCUGCGUACACCGGCGAAUCCAACGUCACUUUCGGCACUGUGCUAUCAGGUAGGAGUCUAUCUGUGGCGGCUCAACACGCGGUAUUCCCGUGUUUGGUCACAGUGCCGACACCCCUGUGUGUCGACGGUUAUAACAAAGAACUUUUGAAUCGUACGUUAAAGCGAAACGCUUUGCUGGUGAAGCAUCAGUUCACACCUCUGUCGCACAUCCAGCGUUGGGUGGGUAGCGAUGAACCGCUUUUCGACACACUCUUUGUUUAUCAGAAAUUUGCUUCGGGUGCGAAUGACACUGAAGGGUGGAGAAUUACUGAAGAGCAGACGAAAAUUGAUUAUCCUGUCUCCAUAGAGUUGAUUCCGGAAUCGACAGACCUCCGAAUUUCGCUGAGUUAUCGAGGAGAUCUCGUUCCUACAGAGCAAGCAAAGAUCCUCUUGAACCAAUUUGACAUGAUCCUGCAGGACACUGUCUUCCGUCCAGAUGCCAAUUCCACAGAUCACCAUUCAGUAGGUGGCAGCCUGCUGUCUGUUACACCUGCCAAAGAGGCGCCAAUACCAACCACAGUGUCUUUACUUCAUGAGUUUGUCGAAGCGAAUGCGCUGAAGAUUCCCGAGAAAAUUGCGUUUGAGUUUGCUUUUGGAGAAACGGCAGAAAGUCUGCAGAAGAAAAGCUGGACUUAUCAUGAGUUCAAUGCAUGCGGAAACCGGGUUGCGCAUUUCCUGCAGGCAAAAGGAGCUGCCACCGGUGGAAUCGUUGGCAUAUGCUUUGACAAGUGUCCCGAAGCCUCCAUGGCAAUUCUGGGUAUUUUGAAAGCUGGAUGCGCCUAUCUGGCGAUUGACCCCGGUGCUCCUAUUUCUCGCAAGCAUUUCAUGUUAGCGGAUUCUGGCACCAAAAUCCUGCUUUGCAGCCAGUCACAGAAGGCGAUAUUGGAUGAUCUCUCCGGCAUUGAUGUCCAGGCGCUUGAUGAACCUGGUCUGCUCGAUGGAUUAUCAUCAAGUGAUGUGCUCCUCGCUCGUCCAAUUCAGCCCGAUGAUACUUGCUAUUGCCUGUACACGUCCGGUACAACCGGGACACCAAAGGGCUGUGAGAUCACGCACAACAAUUCUGUGCAGGCAAUGUUGGCAUUCCAACGAUUAUUCGCAGGCCACUGGGAUGAAGACUCCCGGUGGUUACAAUUCGCUUCCUUCCAUUUCGAUGUCAGCGUCCUCGAACAGUACUGGAGCUGGAGUGUCGGAAUUUGUGUCACUUCUUGUCCCCGAGACCUGUUGUUUGAAGACUUGCCUGGCACAAUACAACAGCUUCAGAUUACGCAUAUUGAUCUGACUCCCAGCUUGGCAAGACUAGUUCAUCCCAAUGAUGUCCCGUCCCUGUGCCGAGGAGUCUUCAUCACCGGAGGAGAGGCAUUGAAACAAGAAAUUCUCGAUGCCUGGGGUGAGCAUGGUGUUAUCUACAAUGGAUAUGGGCCUACAGAAGUGACUAUUGGAUGUACAAUGCUCCCAAGGAUGUCUGCCAAUGACAAAGCCUCGAACAUCGGCCCCCAGUUCGACAAUGUAGGGUCAUAUGUCUUUAGCCCUGGCACGACAGUGCCCGUCUUACGCGGCAGCAUAGGCGAGCUCUGUGUCUCAGGACCACUCGUCGGGAAAGGCUACCUCAAUCGAGCAGAGCUCACCAAAGAGCGAUUCCAAGAACUGCCCGAAUUCGGUGAUCGCAUUUAUCGCACAGGCGAUCUUGUCAGAAUCCUAUAUGAUGGAAGCUUCCAGUUCCUUGGUCGCAUUGACGACCAGGUCAAGCUCCGAGGACAGCGACUUGAAAUCGGAGAAAUCAACGAGGUCAUCAAACAAGCUAUUCCUGAACUGAACGAGGUUGCCACUCUCGUCAUCACACAUCCCAAACAGUCCAAGGAGCAACUUGUUUCGUUCUUCACCACUGUCGCAGACCAGAAAUCUCGCGCCGUCAAUGUUGAAGUCCGGUCGUCGGAAGAUGAUCGCACCCUAUUGUCAAAGAUCAAGAGCACUUGUCGCACUCACCUUCCCGGGUAUAUGGUGCCUACACACAUCAUUCCGAUGACCCGAUUCCCACUUUCUGCCAAUAACAAGGUUGACAUGAAAUUCUUGAAGAGUGUUUAUCAGGACCUUUCGCUGGAGAAUAUCCAGAGAUUGAGCUCGAUGAGCGUUGGCCAGCCUGCAGACAGUGUCCAGGAACGGAAGAUCAUUUCUGUUCUGGCCGGAUUCAUCGGUUCUCCUGAGGAGCAGAUCUCGUCGGGGUCCAGUAUCUAUGAACUUGGUCUGGACUCCAUUUCCGUGAUCGCUUUCUCAAGGAGUCUUCGGGAGACUGGGUUUUCUCAGGCCCAGCCAUCGAUUAUCAUGAAGUACCCUACUAUUUCCGCCAUGGCGACAGCUCUGCAAAGUUCAUCUUCAUCUUCAGUGUCUUUGGGUAUUAUCCGACAAACUGCCAAGCAAGAAAUUGAGGCUUUCGCUCACAAGAACUGUCAUAUUGUCAUUGAGCAAGUCGGAUCCUCUGGUGGUGAUCUUGAAAAGAUUGCGCCUUGUACCCCACUCCAGGAGGGUAUUAUAUACCACUACCUGUCGAGUAGUACGCCGUUGUAUUGCUCCUCGUUCACCUUUGAGUUGGACACUUCCGUCAAUCUUGAGGCUUUGCGCGCAGCUUGGUACCAGGCACAAAAAGACAUUCAAAUGCUGCGCGCCAGGUUUUUGCCAUCUCCGGAUGGUUACGCCCAAGUUAUCUUGAAAAAUGAAGCCUUCCCUUGGUUCUUCGAUACCACUGAGACCGAAGGGGAGAUUGAGGACUUGCGCAAACAGCGAUAUGAGGAGUGGACUAACCUGCUUGAUGACCUUUCAUCAAAUUUAUGGGAAGUGGGAGUCAUCUCUUCUCCCGGGACAGCAAUAAUGUGCCUGAAUAUGUUCCAUGCUCUCUAUGAUGGAAACAGUCUGGUCCUGCUGCUGGAGUCAGUUGCCCGAAACUACCUUGGCCAAAGUAGGGAUCCUAAGGUGACCCCGAACUUCCUUGAUGUACUGCACUUCGGUCCUCUUUGUAAAGACCCUGCGGCAGAAACGUUCUGGAAGGAGCAUCUUGCUGGAUGUCGUGCUCGACCUUUCUCCGACAACGGCCUGGGAGAUAGUACGCCAAUUCUGCUCAAAGCCCAGAUGAAUGCGACAAAGCAAGUCGACCAUCUCCGGCAGUCCCUCAAUAUCACCGAGCAAGCCGUACUCCAUGCCUGCUGGCUUCUUACUCUCCAGCAGCAGUACUCAUUUGUCCCACCGAUCGGUAUCAUUGCUUCGGGCAGAACAGUCGACGUAGAAGGCAUCAGCGAGGUUAUUGGGCCACUCUUCAAUACCAUUCCGAGCAAUGUUCAACUUCAUGGCUUGAAAACUUGGUCUGAUGUUGCUCGUCGCUGUCAUGACUACCACGUGUCGGCGAUCCCCUUCCAAUACACAGCUCUACGAGAUAUUGUGAAGUGGCUUGGAAAGAAUCCUGACGAGCGGCUCUUCAACUCUCUAUUCGUUUUCCAGAGGGAAGACGAUGACAGGGAGUCACUGACAAAAGGGCUAUGGCGUACAAUUGACUCGGAAGCCGAUCACGAGUAUCCUCUGGCCUUUGAGAUUGUGCGCAAUGGCAAGCAGUCCCUAACAGCCACCCUUGUUGCGAAGAGGCAUGCGAUAGCCUCGGAGGAUGCGCAGCAGAUGCUGUCAAAUUUCGAGCAAAUCCUCUUUGACUUUGCACAAGAUCCGAACAAAAAGUUGCCCAGGGAGAACGAGGUAUCCCUCACAGAAACUGUGACGAAUGGCGAGGUGAACGGUCAUCACAGACCUUCCAACAUCUCAGUAGGCGCAGGUGCUGGAGACACCGACUCUUUGUUUGAAUGGACUCCCGAGGCUUGCACAAUUCGCGGCGUGAUUGAGACUCUUGCGGGACUGGAACCACAAUCCAUCAGCGAGCAGACUUCGAUAUUUGGAGUCGGACUUGACAGCAUUGAUGCAAUCAAAAUCUCCUCGCGCUUGAGCAAAGCUGGUAUCAAACUUCCCGUGAGUUCCAUCAUGCGUCAUCGUACAGUGAAGGCCAUGAGCAAGCAACUCUCAACAGCAAAUGGCCAUAGCAUGAACGGGUCAUUGCCAAUGCUCCAUAAGCUGGAGAAAUCCUUGCUCAAAUUCCUCGGGGAUGAAGGUCUUCUUCCCCGGAGUGCAAUUAGAGUCCUACCAGCUACACCAAUCCAAGAGGCUAUGGUGGCAGAGAUGAUGGCCUCUCAGUACCAGCAUUAUUACAACCACGAAAUCCUCGAGUUAGAGGCAGAUGUGAACAUUGAGAAGAUGGAGCGAGCGUGGAGGUCUGUUAUCAGAGCUCACCCUGUUCUCCGUACUUCAUUUGUCGAGAUAUGGGAUCCGGAGAUUCCUGUUGCAUAUGCCCAAAUAAUUCACAGUGAGGAACAUAUUGACUUCCAAACUGUCCAUCUUCAUGGCGUCUCCGUGGAAUCCAUCAUACAGACCCAGCGGUCAAAGGCCCGGACCGCGCUAGCAAGCUGCCCCCUGAUCUCUAUCACCAUGGCGGUGGAUGGAGAUAAGCGGUACAUUGUCUUGUCAAUCGCACACGCUCUCUAUGAUGGCUGGUCAAUCAAUCUGCUCCAUGAAGAUGUCGCCAAGUCUUAUGCCGGUGCUGACUGCACGCGGCCACCAGUUGAUGACAUCCUUGAACAUAUCGUUGCAUCGUCUGGUCAUGAAGCUCUUAAGUUCUGGAGAGCAACACUAUCCAAUUUCACACCGGCGUCAUUCUUGCCUAUGAAGCAUGCUGAACGUGGGUCGGCUGCUGUUCACCGAGCAGAACAAUCAUUGUCCGUUCCCCUAUCCAAGGCAGAAGCGUUCUGCAAACGCCAAAGCAUUACCCUCCAGGCGCUUCUUGUCAGCUGCUGGGGCCUUGUACUCGCUACGCAUGUCAGAAAGCUAGAUGUGGCGUUCGGUCUUGUCCUAUCUGGCAGGAAUCUGGCCGAGUCUGAGAAUGUGAUGUUCCCGACCAUGAACACCGUCGCUAUGCGAGUCAUCCUUCAUGGAACGCGUGUGGACUUGGUGAACUAUGUACAGGAGACUCUUUUGGCAACAUCGGAGCAUCAACACUUCCCGCUUCGGCGUGCCAAACCAGACACGGGGUCGCGGGCGUUAUUCGAUACGCUCUUCAUGUACCAAAAGAGACCGGCUGCAACGGCAUCAAGCCAAUAUGGACAGAAUCUCUAUAGAUCUGUCGGCGGGGCAGCUGAUGUUGAGUAUCCUGUUUGCGCUGAAGUCGAAGGUGUCGGGGAGAACCUCAUUGGCCGGGUUGCGUGUCGCGGAAAUGUUGUUGGAGAGCAAGAUACCCUCGCACUUUUGGAGCAGAUGAGUACCAUGCUUUCGUCUAUCAUCGACGGUCCCGAUGAGCAAACCGUGGUGUUCACCGAUCAAGGAAUUCGGGUCUGUGGAAGUUCCGCUUUCCAAAAUGACUCUGGACAACAUAUUGAAACUGAUGCAGUGCUCCGGGCACUCGACGAAGCGAAAUGGUCGCCUGUUGAGUCCACAAUUCGCCAGGUUCUCUCAAUCACGUCCGGCGUACCCGAGACCUCCAUUGACAGGAACUCCACCAUCUUUGAGCUUGGUCUGGACAGCAUCAGCGCUAUCAAAGUCGCUGCGCUCCUCAAGAAAAAGUCCAUCAAGCUCACAGUCAGCGACAUGCUCCGGGCCGGUACCAUCAAGAACAUGGCCAAAGCAGCGAACAAUAGCCAGACAGAAUUCUCACCCACAAACACAUCAAGCAUCGUCCAAAAGUUGCUUGACGGUAUCGAUGUGGCUGGACUGCUCCAGACGUAUGGUAUUGAUUCGCAACGAGUGCAGAAAGUGUUGCCAGCCACUGCAGGCCAGUGCUACUUCCUCUUGAUGCACACCCUGAACCCCGAGGUGUUCUAUCCUCAGUUCUACUAUGUGGUAUCACAAAAGCUGAGCCCGGAGGUACUCGACCGCGCUUGGGCUAGAACUGUGGACCACACCCCAAUGCUUCGAACGGCAUUCAUUCCCACCACUGACUCACCCCUCUUGCCAUACAUUCAAAUUGAAUUUGAGGCUGUGCAGAUUCCUGUGAUCUGGCAUUCCAACGUUGAUCGGCAUCUCGUUUCAAAAAGGCCCACACAAGGGUCGGGGGCAGUGCCGGUCGCACUGCAUGCUUGCCAAACGAUCCAAGGAACGGCGUUUAUUCUUCAGAUCCACCAUGCACUGUACGACGCUGUCAGUCUACCCCAUAUCCUGGACCGGCUCAUUACAUACUGUAGCCAAGACGAGAUCGACAGGUCAAAUCCCGCCCUGGACCUUUCACAGCUCGUGGCAUUCCAACAUGCCCAUUCUCCCGUGGAAGUCCGACGACGGUUUUGGCAACAAUAUCUAGGCCAGAUCUCAACGGCGGCAAAACGAGGUGACGGUUUCGGCUCUGUGCAACACCACUACCGACCGGGCCUGGUACCAAAUAUAGCCAGUAUCGAACAAGUUGCUAAGCGCCAUGGCCUUAGCAUUCAGACCAUCUUUCUAGCAAUCUAUGCGCGAGUGCAUUUGCAGAACUUCGGUGCAGCUGAAAUCAGGGACGAUGCAGGGUCUCACGGGCGGCUAAUCGUGGGACUUUACCUCGCCAAUCGAUCUCAUUCCAUUGAGGGUCUAGCCGAGUCUGUGUUUCCCACCGUGAAUAUUGUCCCACUACGAUUGGAUGACAAAAUCAGCGACUCCAACGACUCUCUCCUUGAUGCCGCCCGUAGGAUUCAAACUGAAAUUCACGAGAUCAGCCGACCUGAACACUCGGGUGUUUCUCUGAUGGAAAUUGCCGAAUGGACCGGUGUCCAGAUUGACACUUGCAUCAAUUUCCUGCGACUGCCUGAGCUAGAAUUGGGAGAACCCAGCGGUGACCAGGCAACACUUUCACUCACAAUGCUCCAACGCGAGGAGUUUGAAAACCUUAGCGGCAUAGCCCCAGUUUUCCUUCCCGGCAAUGGUGUCAAGCCACCGGGGCCAGCCGAAACCCACCCGAACCCAAGCGCCUCAACGACAACUCAAACCAUCUUAAAGGUCAGUGGUCGAAUGCGUUUCACUCACAUUCUCAAUAUGGACAUCAUGCAGUUACUUACAUCUCAACAGCCUACGAUGGACGUGGAAGCCGCAAUCCGCAAUGGGUUGGACUUUGGAUUCUUCGCUCCGAAAUCCCGACUUGAUCGAGCUACAGCGGAGACUAUGAUCGACGCCAUGCAACGGGAAAUAUCUGCAUUAAUGACAGGCUUCGAAAUGAUGUAG